GAACCUAUUAAGCUAUCCAAACAUAAUCGAUCAGCUUUUCUCAUGUUUUCUCAAUACGCAAAAGACUUUUUGAAUAGAAAUAGAGAGUCUAUUCCAUCCGUUUCGUCUCAAGAACCGGGGGUAUCGUUGUUUUAUUCGGUUCCUACAUUACCAGCAGAGGCCGAGAUUCGCGAAUCUAUUUCGUUACAAACCUCGCGA